AUGCUUCAUGGCUAUAUAUCUCGUGCUCUCGUGUACUUCCGAGGACCAAGACCCAAGGUGGACUUGCCCGAGCCCCAUCCAUUCCUCAAUAUUGACGUGACAUUCAGAGGCCGCCACCUAGAAUUCCCACUGGAGUCCGUGUUAAUAAGACUAACUCGGCCGUUUACCAGUCCUUGGCUACUGGCUGCACUCGUUGCGGGAUAUAUAAUCGGCCUUGCAUUUUUUAUACGGGCCCAAUCAUAUCUCACACCGCCCGAUGCCUUCAUCGGAUGCACUGAUACCUUCUGGCUGGCCAAUAAUGGGUGUGGCGUCAACGGGGAGUCAUGUGCGCCGUUCAACGACUCGUCCAUGGACUUUCGAUGUCCGGCCCAAUGCUCAACCGUCACCCUCCAAAAUCCUCGCACCGUCGGCGACGAACAAACAGCGUAUGUUCCAUUGGUAGUUGGCGGCGGCGAUGCCAAUGCAACUUACCGCGGGGAUUCAUUUAUUUGCGCAGCUGCUGUACAGGCUGGCCUCAUCAGCGACAGCAAAGGCGGUUGCGCGUCAUUAACACUAAUCGGGAACUACACUAACUUCUUACCAACAACUGCUCACGGAAUCACUUCCAUCGGUUUCGCAACCGUCUUCCCUCUUUCAUUUCGAUUCUUGGACUCCACCUCGUUAACACAUUGCACUGACUAUCGAGACCCUGCCUUAGCCUUUAAUAUCCUCAUCACCUGCCUUCUAUUCCUCGUCUUACGGCCCAAGCCCAUUGUUCUAUAUUGGUGCUUAGUAUGCGUUGGCUUCUGGCAUAUCUCCCUCUUCUCACAGCCACAGUCAACUCCGCCAGAUCUCAGUGCCGCGUUUGGGUCCUUUCUCCCAGCGCUAUUCAUCGCGUACGUGUUCUGGCGGCUCGCAUUUCGCUUCACGCUGCUCUUGUACACUAAAGCGCCCAUCGAGUACAUGGUGUGGUAUUUGGCGCCGUACUGGGUUGGGGUGCUUUCGUAUAUCACGCUGGAGGCAGCCAUUCCCAUCAACCGUCUAACAUCAUCGGACCUUCACAAACGCUCAGGUGCCAUUACGGCGUUGGUGGUGAUCGUCAUCAUUGUCGCGGUACUGGUUCUUAACCAGGUCCGUGUUAUUCGUAAGACGGGGUGGUUGCCGUAUUAUGCUGGGUGGUAUGCUAUCGGUGGAUUGGUUGUGUUGGUUCUCGCAUUACUGCCUGGCCUGGAGCUCAGGAUACAUCAUUAUAUUAUCGCAAUGGCCUUGAUACCCGGAACGGCUUUCCCCACGAGGCUGUCAGCCAUAUAUCAAGGACUACUCCUCGGUCUGUUUUUAAAUGGUGCUGCGGCAUAUGGCUUUGACUCGAUAUUACAGACAGCAGAAGAGCUUCGACAGGAUGCGCCUUUAGGAUCGGACUUGCCCACUUUCCUCACUAACUCGACUAAUUAUAAUGCUUCCAUGCCAUUUGAAAACCAAACAAUUGUGUGGGAUGCCUUACCGGCCGGAUGGGACGGGUUUGCCCUUCUAGUGGACGAUGUUGAGCGAUACGUAGGCACGGCUCUCAACUUCUCCUUGGCGGCAUUCAACGAGUCUUUACCCCACUUCUUCAGGCUAGCGCUAACAUCAGGGGGCAACACAGGUGACUUUACUAUGCCCGCAACACUAUGGCCAAAUGGAUCCUGGGUAGAUCCACUACCAGGUCCUUCAUAA